UUACGAUUUGCCAAAUCUUAUGGAGACCAUAUGGUACUACAGAGAGGUCCUCAAAGAGCUGUCAUUUGGGGAUUUGCUGAUAAGAAUGGUGAAACCAUAACUGCUCAAAUCGUUGGACAUGGAGGUCCGGUUACCAACAAGACAGCAAAUGGACAAUGGAAACUCAAACUUCCGGCUAUGACAGCUGAAGGACCUUUCACUAUAGAAGUGUCAUCCCAUUCAGAAGGAAAGCUGACUCUUCAUGAUGUUCUAUUUGGGGAUGUCUGGAUCUGUUCUGGACAGAGUAAUAUGGGAUAUCAGUUUGGUGCUGUCAACAAUAGUGCAUACGAACUUCAAAAGGCUUUAAAAUUUACUAAAGUGCGAAUAUUUCACGUUCAAGAUGUCGAAUCACCAACACCUUUAACUGAUAUCAAGAAAGUUCAAACACCUUGGACUGUACCAACAACAAGUAAGAUCUUUACCCUUUAUACCUUCUCUGCUGUUUGUUUCCUAUUUGGAGAAUAUGUAAAUACACAUCGUAAAUAUCCUAUUGGUCUGAUUGAAUCAGCUUGGGGAGGAACUCCAAUAGAAGCUUGGACAUCACCCGGUGCUCUAGCUAAAUGUCCUGUGAAAACAGGGAAAAGAAAUCCUCAUAGUCAUUCAGUUCUAUGGAAUGCCAUGAUAAAUCCAUUGUUAGCAAUGACUAUAUAUGGUGCUAUAUGGUAUCAAGGGGAGUCAAACUCGGGUCAUCCAGAACGAUAUGUUUGUCAACAACCAGCUAUGGUCAAUGAUUGGAGACAACAGUUUCAUCAUGGUUCAUUGGGUGAAACUAGUGACAAGUUUCCUUUUGGUGUUGUUCAGCUAGCUGCCAAUAAACAUGAUUUUAACCGUAUUGGCGGUUUCCCUGGUUUAAGAUUCAGUCAAACUGGAAAUGUAGGAUAUGUUCCCAACACUAAACUACCGCAUACCUUUAUGGCAGUAGCUAUGGAUCUUCCUGAUUUUAAUUCACCUCGCGGAACAAUCCAUCCACGAUUUAAACAAGAUGUAGGUGAAAGGUUAGGACUAGCUAGUUUAGCUGUAGCUUAUGGACAAAAAGGUUUAAAUUAUCAGGGACCUUUUCCUACCUCCUUUAAUAACCACAGCGGUACCGUCUUUUUCAUAAGAACCAUUCAUAAAAAUCGUGCUUCAUUUAAGAUCUGCUGCUCAACUUCAAAGACCGACUGUGGUUCUAAUGAUCAAUGGGUAGCAGCACCAAUAACCCACCAUCAAGGAGCAUCAGUCACUUUGAACACUUCCGGUUGUCAUGGUAAACACAUGGUUGGUUUAAGAUAUGCCUGGAGAGAAAGUCCUUGUCUGUUUAAGAAGUGUGCUAUUUAUGGACGAGAUAAUGAUCUACCAGGUCCGUCGUUUAUCAGAAAUAAAGCUUUUUAA